CAGCCUAACAAUUGUUAAAAAAAUAAAAGAACAGAACAGAAAAUAAACUUCGUCAAUCCGAAUGUGGCCGCGUGGGGUAGAAACGGUGUCAAGUGAUCGAAGCAUGAACUCUCUCUCACUAUUUACGUUUCUCUGUGCAAUUUCUUUACACUCCGUCGCCGGCACUUCCGUCGCCUAUCCUUCCAUUCCCGGCGCCGAUUCCGAUGACUGCUCCUUCGCCGGCGAUGACAGUGUUCUCGUACCUCCCCGCCGAGAGGUAUACGAUGACGGACGAAUCUUCGAUAUUACCCAUAGGUACGUCCCUGAGAUGCCGGUGUGGGACUCGAAAGAGGGACUUGGUCACUUCCUGUGGCUCCAAAUGAGCAUGAAGAAUGGCUCCCAAGCUAACGACUCAGCCAUGAAGCUUGGUGUUCACACCGGCACACAUGUCGACGCGCCAAGUCACUUUUACGACAAGUACUUCGACGCCGGCUUCGACGUCGAUUCACUCGACUUAACACUCCUAAACGGCCUGGCACUUUUGGUUGAUGUUCCACGAGAUAAAAACGUUACCGCUGAAGUUAUGAAGUCCUUGAAUAUCCCUAGUGGUAUACGCCGUGUGCUCUUCAGAACCUCAAAUACUGAUAAGCGACUCAUGUUUAAGAAGGAAUUUGACACAAGCUAUGUGGGAUUCAAGGAGGAUGGAGCAAAAUGGCUGGUAGAGAACACUGAUAUCAAACUUGUAGGAGUUGAUUACUUAUCUGCUGCUGCUUACGAUCACUCCAUUCCAUCUCAUCUGGUUUUUCUGGAAAGCAGGGAAAUCAUUCUUGUGGAAGGCCUGAAGCUUGAUGAUGUCCCAGCAGGAAUAUAUUCACUCAACUGCUUGCCUCUUAGGUUGGUUGGUUCUGAGGCAUCACCAAUACGAUGCAUUCUGAUCAGAUAAUGGGAUCCAUGUGCGUUUGUGGUGGUCAAAGCUGGUUUUCAAUUGCACGGAAACAACCCAGCUCAGGAGAUUAUUAGUGGUGUGCACAAGAAGCUGUUUGAUUCAGCUAAGUUGAUGGUAGUGUGUUGAAUAGUCUUUUUUUGCGUGCUUGAGUUGGAAAAUACUAGAUAGCGCUUGUCUAAGUAUCUGUUGUUAUCAAUUAUUGUGAUUAAACUUGAGCGGCGGACUAGAGUUUGCACCUGUAAUAAACUAGUGUUUUCAACAUGGACAAAACU